AGUCCGAUUCUAGCUUUUUAACAGUGCUGUGGACUCACUAUGUCAGCAAACACGGAAUCCAAAGUUGAACAACCGUCAGUAAAGGAUGAUAGUCAACAGAAGGAUCAUGACGAAAUGGACCUGGACGACCUGUUGCCACACGUGGGAGAGUUUGGCAAGUACCAGAAGCUGCUGCUGUGGCUAGUGUGCCUGCCGGCAUGUGUGCCGUGUGGCUUCUGUGCCUUCAAUCAGCUGUUCAUGGCCGAUGUACCCGACCACUGGUGUCGGGUGCCCGAACUCAUGCGCCUCAACAUCACUCCCCAAUUCAGGAGACACAUUUCCAUUCCACUCGAGGAAGACUCGAGUGGAAAUGAAACAUACAGCAGCUGUGAAGCCUAUGCAGUGAACUGGUCGCAAGUGGCAUCAGUUGAGGAUCUAGUGCCAGACAGCAGUUGGCCCAAACAGCCAUGCUUAUUUGGAUGGGAAUACAGUAAAGACGAAUAUCAAUCCUCUAUUGUAAUCGAUUUUGAUUUGGUUUGUGAAAAAAAGAUCUACCCAACCAUAGGAUUAGCGGCUUUAAACACAGGAGGGCUUAUAGGUGUCUAUAUGUUUGGCAUCAUCAAUGACAAAUUUGGUAGGAGACAUUCAUUUUUCCUGUGCCUGUCAGUGCUUAUAUUUGGAAAUGUGUCAUCGGCGUUGAUGACAAAUUUCUGGAGUUGGGCCGCUUGUCGGUUCAUUGCAGGACUCACCAUUCCCGCUAUCUAUCAGAUUCCAUUCAUCAUUUCGUUGGAACUGGUUGGGCCAAACUAUCGGUCGUUCGUGACAGUCAUGACCUGCAUGUUCUACACAUUCGGGCUCAUAUUUCUGGCGGCCAUAACCUAUAUGGAGAGGGAUUGGACCCAAUUAUCAAUUGUUACAUCUUUACCAUUUGUCGUGUACUACAUUUACUGGUGUUUUUUGCCGGAAUCGCCCAGAUGGCUACUUGCUAAAGGGCGCUUAGAAGAAGCAUCAAAAAUAUUGGAAACUCUAGCAAGGGUCAAUAAUAAAGAACUACCCAACACAUUUCGACAGAAAUUGAAGCAAAGAAUGAUGCUUCAAAGAAGCCGAAGUGAAGAAAUGAGGGAUAAGAAAACACCCGGCCUCUGUACGCUCUGUCAAACGCCAAACAUGAGAUUGAAAACUACCCUCAUAACGCUCAAUUGGUUUGCCAAUGAGAUGGUGUAUGUCGGCCUAAGUUAUUACGGACCUGCACUGGGCAAUGAUAGGUAUCUGAGCUUCAUGCUGUCUUCACUUGUUGAGAUACCGAGCUAUUUGACGUGUUGGGUGGUGAUGGAUCGCUGGGGAAGGAGGUGGCCCCUCUCUAUAUGCAUGAUACUCAGUGGCAUAUCAUGCGUCAUUACAGUGCUACUUCCACCAGAUGCUGUGACCUUGACGUUGGUGCUUUUCUUAUUCUCCAAGUUCACCAUUUCUGCUUCAUUCUUGAUCAUCUACCCUUUCGCUGGAGAACUUUAUCCUACUCAACUUCGGGGAGUUGGAAUUGGAGCAUCAGCUUACAUAGGUGGCAUUGGAAUGAUCAUGAUUCCUUUCAUCACUUAUUUGGGUACAGACAACCUGAUACUUCCAUUAGUAAUAAUGGGUUGCGUGUCGGUGAUUGGCGGCGUGACAGGGUUGCGUCUGCCUGAGACCCUGCACCAUCGACUGCCGCAGACCUUGGAGGAGGGAGAAGAGUUCGGCAAAGACUGGACCAUCACCGAUUGUCUUCAGUGCAUUCCAAAGAAGUGA